CUUGCAUUCAUUCCUCACCACCACCUCCCUCUCCUAUCCAUCAAGGGCUGUGGACGAUCUGAAGUUCUUGUCCGUUCCCUCAGGUCUCCCGGUUGUGUAACUGGGGCUUUCCUGUUUCCUUUCGGUCCAUUGACAUUGCCAGCUCUCAAUCGCCGCCAUGUCGUCUACUGCCCUCCCGAAGCGCGUUGCGCUGCAUCGCAACCCGACUACCGACUCUUCGGUCCCCAGCUCCGUCUCGGUCUCCCCGCUGGACUCGCCCCGUCAGUCUCCGUCGUCGACUUCGCUCUCGUCAAUGGCCUCGGAUGCGGGCAAGGGAGACUUGGGCAAGAUGCUCGACACCUAUGGCAAUGAGUUCAAGAUCCCCGACUACACCAUCAAGGAUAUCCGUGAUGCCAUUCCGUCCCACUGCUACAACCGGUCUGCUAUCAGGAGUCUGUCCUAUGUCUUCCGUGAUCUCGCCGUCCUCGCUUCCGUCUUCUACGUCUUCCACAAAUACGUGACCCCGGAGACCGUCCCUUCGUACCCGGCGCGUGUUGCGCUGUGGACUCUCUACACUGUCGUCCAGGGUCUGUUCGGUACCGGUAUUUGGGUUCUUGCUCACGAGUGUGGACACCAGGCGUUCUCUACUUCCAAGGUGCUCAACGACACUGUUGGCUGGAUCCUGCAUUCGGCUCUGCUGGUCCCCUAUUUCUCGUGGAAGAUCUCUCACGGCAAGCACCACAAGGCCACCGGUAACCUGGCUCGUGACAUGGUCUUCGUCCCCAAGACCCGCGAGGUGUACGCCUCCCGCAUCAAGAAGACCAUCUACGACCUGAACGAGGUGAUGGAGGAGACCCCCUUGGCCACUGCCACCCACUCCAUCCUGCAGCAGCUGUUCGGCUGGCCCUUGUACCUGCUCACCAACGUUACCGGUCACGACAACCACGAGCGCCAGCCUGAAGGCCGCGGCAAGGGCAAGCGUAACGGCUACUUCACCGGCGUCAACCACUUCAACCCCAACAGCCCUCUGUUCGAGGCCAAGGACGCCAAGCUCAUCAUUCUGAGUGAUAUCGGCCUCGCCAUCACCGCCAGCAUCCUGUACCUGAUCGGCUCCAAGUUCGGCUGGAUGAACUUGCUCGUCUGGUACGGUAUCCCCUACCUCUGGGUGAACCACUGGCUUGUUGCCAUCACCUACCUCCAGCACACCGACCCCACUCUCCCCCACUACCAGCCCGAGUCCUGGACCUUCGCCCGCGGUGCCGCUGCCACCAUUGACCGCGAGUUCGGCUUCAUCGGCCGUCACAUUCUCCACGGCAUCAUCGAGACCCACGUCCUCCACCACUACGUCAGCACCAUCCCCUUCUACCACGCCGACGAGGCCAGCGAGGCUAUCAAGAAGGUCAUGGGCUCGCACUACCGCAGCGAGGCACACACCGGUCCUCUGGGCUUCCUCAAGGCUCUCUGGACCAGCGCCCGUGUCUGCCACUGGGUCGAGCCCACCGAAGGCACCAAGGGCGAGAACGCUGGUGUCUUGUUCUUCCGCAACACCAACGGCAUCGGUGUUCCUCCCAUUAAGCUGACCAAGCCUAACUAAAAUGACUGGUCCGUCCGUACUUAGAAAGGGUGUUUCUGUCC